CGAAUUGAGCGCCAGCGAGACUUGGCAUCUGCUUGUUGACUUCCCACAAACAUGGCUUCACUUACUGCAGAGACCCUUCUCGAUGGGAUUUCAAAGGAAGAUUGCACCCUUUUAGCGAAAUCCUUCAAGGACAAAAAGUUCCGCCAACUCUUGUGUGACUACGCUAAAGAAGUGACUGACCCAGAGAACCGAAAACAAUACGAGGAAGAAGUGAUACAGUUCGAAAAGGAACGUGGGGUGGAAGUUGUCUUCAUCCACCCGAGUCCGGGAUUCGCCUUGGCACUGAGAGGCGAUGGCGAUGCUGAUGAUGGUGCGGGGUUUGUCAAUAUAUGCAGCAGUGACGUGGUGCAGAAGCCGGACCUGCAGGCAGUGAGUGGCGGGGGUAAAAAGUGUCAUAAGUGGUCCUUGCCGCAUGCUAUUCCAAAGCCACGGCGCGAGGGUGUGCAUGACCACCGGGGCAGGUCAAGGAAACCGACGGUGGUGCAUGAUGUCGUGUUUCACCCUGAGGCCCUUCAGCUUGCCCUCCACUCUCCCGCCAUAAAGCAAAGCUUGAUCGACACGGCCCUGAAUAGCCUCAGGAAACAUUACAGUGUAAAAAUUGGCAAGGUGGAGGAAGUGAAGGAGAAACAGUACAUAGGCAUGCCUGCCCAGUCCAUCAUAAAGCGCAAAAUGGAUAAGAAACAUUUCCAGGCAGAUGAGCAAAAGAGUGCAUACAAAGAUCACAGGACUAACAUAAUUGAUAAUUCAUUUAUUAAUGUAAGUGAAAAGAAAAUGAAUGAAGAAUCAAAAUUUGUUGAACCAAAGUACAAGCUUAAGUAUGUAAGGAAAAUGGACAUCCAAGAUUAUUCAGUGCAAUUAAUACCCCAUUGCAGCCAACUAUGGCAACCGCAGGCCCUGGAACUUGAAGUGAAUCUACCAAGGGUCUCCCGGGCAUCACAAGUGAACUGUGAUAUUCAGCAGCAAUAUGUUCUCCUCACAACAGAGUCUGAUCCCAAGUACAAAUUGGAGCUCCCCCUCAGGUAUCCCAUUGAUGAGGAUCGGAGCACUGCUAAGUUUGAUGUGUCAACGCAGAAACUGACACUAAAUCUGGCUGUGGUUCCAUCAAACAAGAACAGUGAUAAGCUUGUUAUUCACAGUCAGUCUCCUCCAUCAGACUCUGGCAUUGAGUGUGAGCUUGACUUGAGGACUAAUGGUGAUAGUGAUAAUGUAUCGGAAGAGUCAGUGUCAUCCCAGGAUGAUGGUGCUAAGGAUGUGGAAGAAGUUACUGGUGCAGAGGAGGAAGAUAAUGUGUUUGAGCCACCAUCACCAGAGUAUAAAUUGACAUUGGCUCCAAAUUACUCAGUGCAACAAAGUAAAGAGAGCCUGAGCAUUUCUCUGUACUGUGGAAAUGUUCUUCCCAGCAGUAUGAAAGUUGAGCAAGUUGAUAAUAUGAAUGCUGGAAUUGAAUUUUCCUGCAUUGGGGGAGGCCAGACCUUGCUUCAUUACAGCCUCAAGGUGGAUGUCAGUCCUCAUAAGAUUGCUGCGUCUGGCCUGAAUCACAAGGAGGAGGAGGGGAAAGUGGUGCUAAUAAUCAAGAAAGCUGUGGAAGAGUUCUGGGAGACUUGCAAGAUUGGACAUGGAAACACCAUGACUGCCAUUAAUUUGCCCAUCACUGAAGAAAAACCAAAGAAUGAGUCGACUGAAGAAAAGCAGGAUAGCCCCAAGAGUUGUGCUCGUCCCCCACGAUCACCUCGGAUGGCUCGGACAGUAAGCAUGUGUGAAACUGAAGCCAGCCAUCCAUUUCGGCUCCGAGGACCUACCUGCUCUUGGCCUCGAGGUAUCUUGAAGCACCGUGUCCGUUCCUUGAGUGAAUCCCAGGUGGGCACCUUAUCUUCCCCUGCUCUCUUAGGACCCACAAGUUCUUCACUUGACCUUGAAGUAUUUGAAAACAAGCCAAGAUAUGGUGAUGAGGAAGAGGAAGAAGAGAGUGUUGAAGAGAGUGUAGCCUCAAGCCUAGGGGAGAAGAAGAGUGUUCGCUUUAAUGAGGUUGUGUCCCGGCAGCUUUUCCGGUCCAACUCAUCCAUUUUGGGUCAACGGGCCAAGAACCAACGCAAAGCCAUUAGGAAGCGCAAGUCUCAAGCACGUAGGGAAUCUGAAAGUGAGAAAGAUGCUGGCAUAAACACAUCUUCUGGCGAUAGUGACCUCACCACAGAUGCUGCCACUGAUGAUGACACUGAUGCCACCAACUCCAACACAACAGAAGUGGAUGACAGUGUAGAUGUAGACAGUGAUGCUAACAGCCCUAAGGACAACAGCAAUAUUAAUGGCUGUGGUGAUGUACUGCAGCUUCUGAAGACAGGGAAGAAGAAUAAGAAUGUGUACAAGUCAACCAGGCAUAAUAAUAAUAAUAAUAAUAAUAAUAGUGAUGACAAUAGUAAUAAUAAUUCAGGUAAGAGUGAUCUUGGCAAUGAAAAUGCAAGUAAAGAGGAAGAGGAGGAGGACAACAAUGAUUUCAUCAUCAAAACCAGUAAAAAGAAGAAGAGGAAAAACAGGAAAAACAAGAUGCCUAGUUUUGAGCCAACUAAUACCCUUAUUUUCCAGCUGGACAUGGACAAAUGAACAUUGGGAGAGAGAACACCUUUACAGCUUUGGUUUGCUGCCUAAGAGACAUAGGUGCACUAGCGACUUACAUGAUGAUGAGAUGAUUAUUUACUCCCUCAGGGGAAAAUAUCACAUCAGUGCAAAAGAACUAUGUGAAUUAUUCCAACUAAUUCAAAAACUUAAGCUGAUGCAUUCUUAUGUACUUUUUUUGUCACUCUUUUCUAAGAGCAUUAUUAGUAUUUGUCAUAUUAACAUGUGAUUGUUCCAGAUAUGCUAAAUUAAUACUCUAAAAUUAUGUUUCUUAUACUUAGUAAAUUAAAAGUACAAAAUUUAAGUUUUGUAAAUUUGAAUUUGAUACAUGUUGAAAAUCUUAAAUCCAAAUGAAACAUAGAUUAUGUUUAGGUGUUACUGUGAUAACAGUCUUGUGGCUCCUCACUGAAGCAGUUAAUGCUAAUAUAACAUGGACUAGGUUUAUUGAGCAGAGCAGGAGUAACAUCUGAAAAUACUUUAAGAAGCAUCCCAUUAUCUUAUGAUACUGAAGAUUUAGCUAGGCUUAGUGUAGGCCUUGUAAAAAGGAUGCAAUGUUUGCCCACACCAACAGGCUGUCUGAAGUGUAACACAGGUGCUAGCACAGGACCAGGAGGGAAAGCAGUUUAGUUCAUGUUUGUGUUGUCAUAUCCCUACAGCUUAUCUUCCUUUUCUAUUCUAAAUUACAUUUCACAUUUUGCCAUACUUGUGUACAGUGUAUAUGAUUACAAUAGAUAGAGAGAUAGAUAAUGCAAAUAUAUACAUAAAGAAGCAGAAAGACAGGCAGAUAGAUCAUUAGAUAUGUAGAUAUUAGUUUAGAUUAUUAGAUAUAUGUAGAUAUUAGUUUAGGUUUUCAACACUUUGGAUCUAGGAUUCUCAACUUGUAUCUUUCAUUUCUACUUCAGACAAAAAUCUCUUUAUUAGGUCAGCAUCAGGUAGAAAUUUUGUAGUUGUGCAUUUUGAAGGUUUUCAUAUUCAGAAGUGUUUCAGAUUUUCACCAGUACAGAUGGAUCAGUAUUGGCUGGAUAUUCAGAGCUCAAUAAUGUUAGUUGUGCAACCUUUAACUCUCAGUUGCUUACACCAUUAUAGCCCCCAGUGAUUGAUUCCUGUGAUUUAGUUUUGAAGGUGAUGUAAGUUAAUGAGGCUCGUUCUAGCCUUAAAGACUUGAUAGGUCAUUCUGUAAUGGUGACUUGUUAUUAUAAGUUAUUUAGAAUAUGCUUUAUUAAUGUUCAGAGGUGCUGGAAGGAACUCAUUGGAUUUGCAGCAUCAAGUGAAUGACUUACUAUGUGACAGUAAGGGUGUUAUAGUUAUGUUUAUAUUGGGUGAAUAAUCUGAAGCAUGGAAAAUGAGGGCAUCAUGUUGGAUUGCUUGAAAAUUUGUUAAGAUCACUGAAAAUGUAAGUUUGUCUUCAUAAGAAUUUUGUAUUAAAUUUUCUUAUUUUUAUAAAGUCUGCUGCUUAAUUGUGAGAAUAUGUCUAAUACUGUACUUAUGUUUCAUUCUUUAGUUAUUGUUGGAUCAUCCUGAUUUUACUUUUCUUGAGAUAAUUGAAGGCUCAUGUGUUUCUUAGGGAAAUCCAUAGUUUAAAGUGGUAGAAAAGUGAAAUAUGAGGAUAAAGUAUUAGCUUCACUUUGGUGUUUUCAGUAGCAGAUGCACAGUAACAUGAAUGUCAAAGAUGGGUUACUAAGAGUACAAGAUUAGUACAGACCUUCAUUAGAUCAUAAUUGCAACUUUGUCUUAUGUGGUGCAUUGUAUUCACUAAAUACUAAUAGGAAGUAGACCUUUUCAACAUUUCAUUAUAUUCAAGGUAAUAUUAUGGCUAUAUAAUGCAAAAUUAAAUUAAUAUAUUACCA